AGUGCCGGGCCAGACAUGGCGGAAGGUAGGGUUUUUUGUGGAGCCGCGCGGGAAGACGCGGAGCUGUGGGGGCGCUGCUGGCCGGGAGAAGCUGCCCUGGGAGGGGAAGGCCGGGCGUGGUUGCAUGGGGGCUCCGCGGGUCUCGCGAGCCUUUCUGUGCAGCCUCUCCUGAGCUUCUCCGGCUGGGGUCCGGAGCGCGGUUCCUAUGACAACGCCCCUCCCGCGAUACCGACCCCGCGGGACUGCGGCCGGCUGCGGAGCGGGGCUGGCAGGUCUCGUGCCGGUGCAGCGUGCAGCCGCGGGGCCCCGAGGGCAGCAGGGGAGGCUCUUGAUUGCCGGCGGUGCCGGGACGCCGGGGGAAGAGGGGUGGCCAAGCUGGAGAAGCACUUGAUGCUUCUACGACAAGAGUAUGUCAAGCUGCAGAAGAAACUGGCAGAGACAGAGAAGCGCUGCACUCUUGCUGCGCAGGCAAACAAGGAGCAGCAGGUGAGUCCUUCAUCAGCCGGCCUGCCUGGCGAUCGCUGGCAGACCUCUAACGAGCAGGAGCAGUACAGCGAUCUGAAGAUAAAGGUUGGGGACAGGCACAUCAGCGCUCACAAGUUUGUCCUGGCAGCCCGCAGUGACAGCUGGAGUCUGCCUAACUUGUCUUCCACUAAAGAGUUGGACCUGUCAGAUGCUAACCCUGAGGUGACGAUGACAAUGCUUCGCUGGAUCUAUACAGAUGAGUUGGAGUUCAGAGAGGAUGAUGUGUUCCUGACUGAAUUGAUGAAACUAGCAAAUCGGUUUCAGCUACAGCUCCUCAGGGAGAGGUGUGAGAAGGGCGUUAUGUCUCUAGUGAAUGUCAGGAACUGUAUCCGCUUCUACCAGACGGCGGAGGAGCUGAACGCCAGCACGCUGAUGAACUACUGUGCAGAAAUUAUUGCAAGUCAUUGGGAUGACCUGAGAAAGGAGGAUUUCAGUAGCAUGAGUGCUCAGUUGUUAUACAAAAUGAUCAAAUCCAAGACGGAGUACCCGUUACAUAAAGCUAUCAAAGUGGAGAGAGAAGACGUGGUCUUCCUUUAUCUGAUUGAAAUGGAUUCCCAGCUCCCUGGGAAGCUGAACGAAGCGGAUCAUAAUGGAGAUCUGGCAUUAGAUCUAGCCCUUUCACGACGGCUGGAGAGUAUUGCCACCACGCUGGUUAGUCACAAAGCUGACGUGGACAUGGUGGACAAGAGUGGCUGGAGCUUGUUACACAAAGGAAUCCAAAGAGGCGAUCUCUUUGCUGCCACUUUCCUCAUUAAGAAUGGGGCCUUGGUCAAUGCCGCUACACUGGGUGCCCAGGAGACACCACUGCACCUUGUGGCCUUGUACAGUUCAAAGAAACACUCAGCAGAUGUGAUGUCUGAGAUGGCGCAGAUUGCAGAGGCCCUUCUGCAGGCUGGUGCCAACCCCAACAUGCAGGACAGCAAGGGGAGGACUCCUUUGCACGUGUCCGUCAUGGCCAGGAAUGAACAUGUGUUCAGUCAGCUGCUGCAGUGCAAACAACUAGAUUUAGAACUCAAAGACCACGAGGGCAGCACGGCUCUGUGGCUCGCAGUGCAGCAUAUCACGGUGUCUUCUGACCAGUCUGUGAACCCCUUCGAAGAUGUCCCCGUGGUAAAUGGGACUUCAUUUGAUGAGAACAGCUUUGCAGCCAGACUCAUCCAGCGCGGCAGCCACACGGACGCACCUGAUACGGCGACAGGAAACUGUUUACUGCAGCGGGCAGCUGGAGCAGGAAACGAGGCAGCAGCUCUUUUCCUGGCAACCAACGGUGCCCAUGUCAACCACAGAAACAAGUGGGGAGAAACCCCGUUGCACACAGCGUGUCGGCAUGGCCUGGCCAACCUCACUGCAGAGCUCCUGCAGCAAGGUGCCAACCCAAACCUGCAGACGGAGGAAGCUCUGCCUUUGCCAAAGGAGGCUGCAUCCCUGACCAGCUUGGCGGACAGCAUCUAUCUGCAGACACCACUCCACAUGGCGAUCGCCUAUAACCAUCCGGACGUGGUGUCUGUCAUCCUGGAGCAGAAAGCCAAUGCUCUUCAUGCCACCAACAACUUGCAAAUCAUUCCGGACUUCAGCCUCAAAGAUUCCCGAGACCAGACUGUGCUGGGCCUGGCAUUAUGGACUGGCAUGCACACGAUCGCAGCCCAGCUGCUGGGCUCUGGGGCCUCCAUCAAUGACACCAUGUCGGAUGGGCAGACCCUACUGCACAUGGCCAUACAGCGGCAGGACAGCAAGAGCGCACUGUUCCUCCUGGAGCACCAGGCAGAUAUAAAUGUCAGGACUCGGGACGGGGAGACGGCCCUCCAGCUGGCCAUCAGAAACCAGCUUCCACUCGUGGUCGAUGCCAUAUGCACCCGAGGAGCGGACAUGUCUGUGCCAGACGAGAAGGGGAACCCCCCGCUGUGGCUGGCCCUGGCGAACAGUCUGGAGGACAUCGCGUCUACUCUGGUCAGACAUGGCUGUGAUGCCACGUGCUGGGGUCCAGGACCUGGUGGAUGCCUUCAGACGCUCCUGCACAGAGCCAUUGACGAAAACAACGAGCCCACCGCCUGCUUUCUCAUCCGCAGUGGCUGUGACGUGAAUAGUCCCAGACAACCAGGCACUAACGGGGAAGGAGAGGAAGAGGCUAGAGAUGGGCAGACCCCUUUGCACUUGGCAGCCUCUUGGGGGCUGGAAGAGACGGUACAGUGUCUUCUGGAGUUUGGUGCCAACGUGAAUGCACAGGAUGCAGAAGGAAGAACCCCCAUCCACGUGGCCAUCAGCAGCCAACACGGCGUCAUCAUUCAGCUGUUGGUUUCUCACCCCGAUAUCCAUUUGAACGUGCGAGACAGACAAGGGCUGACCCCGUUUGCCUGUGCCAUGACUUUCAAGAACAACAAGUCAGCCGAGGCCAUCCUCAAACGAGAGUCCGGGGCUGCUGAGCAGGUGGAUAACAAGGGCCGGAAUUUCCUUCAUGUGGCAGUUCAGAAUUCUGAUAUUGAAAGUGUGCUGUUCUUGAUAAGUGUCCACGCUAAUGUAAAUUCAAGAGUCCAGGAUGCCUCCAAGUUGACCCCCCUGCACCUCGCUGUCCAAGCAGGCUCAGAAAUGAUUGUCCGCAAUUUGCUUCUUGCAGGAGCCAAAGUGAAUGAAUUAACCAAGCAUCGCCAGACUGCCCUUCAUCUUGCUGCCCAGCAGGACCUGCCCACCAUCUGCUCAGUCCUCCUGGAGAAUGGCGUGGACUUUGCUGCCGUGGAUGAGAAUGGAAACAAUGCUCUCCAUCUUGCUGUCAUGCACGGCCGGCUCAACAACAUCCGGGUUCUCCUGACAGAGUGCACAGUGGACGCCGAAGCCUUUAAUCUCAGAGGCCAGUCACCACUGCACAUUUUGGGACAAUACGGCAAGGAGAACGCGGCGGCCAUCUUUGAUCUCUUCUUAGAAUGCAUGCCGGAGUACCCUCUGGACAAGCCGGACGCAGACGGCAGCACGGUGCUGCUCUUGGCAUACAUGAAAGGGAAUGCCAACUUGUGCCGCGCCAUCGUCCGGUCGGGGGCUCGCCUCGGGGUGAAUAACAACCAGGGAGUCAACAUUUUCAACUACCAGGUCGCCACCAAGCAGCUUCUGUUUAGACUUUUAGAUAUGCUGUCCAAGGAGCCUCCGUGGUGCGACGGCUCCUACUGCUAUGAGUGCACUGCCAAGUUUGGAGUCACAACUCGCAAACAUCACUGUCGUCACUGCGGACGUCUUCUUUGCCAUAAAUGCUCGACCAAGGAGAUUCCUAUUAUAAAGUUCGAUCUGAACAAGCCUGUACGAGUUUGCAACAUUUGUUUUGAUGUACUGACUCUGGGUGGGGUCUCUUAGUGAGCCCCCCGGGGGGCCCAGGCCACAUCCUUGGUCACCUCCCCAGCAGCUGCUCUGCUCACCAGCCUGACCCCACCCAGAGCAGGAGCUGGCGCGUGUCUUCCUGCGGCAAUAGACCGGAACAAUUAAGGACCAUGGUGUGAUAGAUCCCAUUUCAAAUGAUUCCAUAUGAUUGUCUGUGUGUGUGUCAGACUGUGAUCGAUUUCACUCGAUGUCUCACUAAUCGGACCAGGCCAUUUGGCCUAAGUGGUAAAUGUGAGUAGGAAUUAGACCCCUCCCCAUUCUGCUAGCAACAUACAAGGACACUUGGAAACCAGUUUUCCCUUCCAGUAGCUUGGUGUCCGUCCCAGAGCAUUCAUGAAGUCUUCCCGCUGGGCUGACUGAUGGGGCAGAGCCUCACGGUGUAGGAAGCUGGCUAAUGAGCUGGCUUUACUCUAGGGUAAGUGGCUGUGGACUUUUCUGUACAGUGUUUUCAUAAAGAUAAUAGGAUCCUCUUGCCCUGAAGUCUUUUUUUCUUUUUAAGCUAAGCUGUAUUUUUAGUGAGCUACCCCUUUUAAAAAGGUGAAAUCUUUAUUCUUAACAGGGUUCAAAGAUGAGAGCUGAAAACUCGUGGCCUUAACAACUGAAAGCUUUACAGUGUUCACGCUACUGAGGUGUCAGGAGUGCAGCGGGGCCGCCUGGCGCCUCGUAGCAGCCGUCUCUUUCUCUCGUCUUGCUGCGUCCUGUCUGUGGAGUCCUCAGUCACUCUGCCGCUGGAGAGUGCUGGAGGAAAUGCACUUUUAUUGUGCUGCACUUUUUAUAGAGCUGCAUUAUUGGUGAUCCCAAUUUAAAAAUCCAUAUUCAGAAAUACCCUCACGCAUUCUUGCAUCAGUGAUUCUAAUGCUCAGCGGUGACUGGGCCUCCGCUCACACGGUCUCCCAGGAAAAACUCUACAGAGCAUCUUUUAAAGCAAGAGAUUCACACAGGCCAAGUGAUGAGAGGUGGAGUCACUAAGGCUUCAGCCCCAAGGGCAUCUCCAGCCUCAGGCCAGCAGGUCCUAUGUCCUUGACACAAACGCUUCUUGCUGAAAUCCUCCCUAGUGAUGCUGCGAGUGCUGUUGGUCCCAGUUCUAUGUAGCUUGCCCUGCCCCACGAAGGGCCACCAGCCGAGGGCCCUGGCCACCUGUGCACCACCUUAUUUUGGAAGUCUCUGGCUUGUGUGCUGGAUGAGGCCGCCAGAACUUGUUGGGCCGGCGUCGCUGCUAGUACAUAUAUGAACCAUGAGGUGUUAAACUUUUCUUUUGAAGGUUUGGCCAGUUUCUAAAAAAUGCACAUUUAAAGAGAAGCAUCUACCACUGCUUUAAAACAAAACAACUCUGAGAUGAACAAUAUGUGUUAUACUCAGAGAUUAACAAUCUCAAUCAUACAUACUGAUUCUUUUAGACAUUUAAUAACCACUACAUUUUUUUUUGCAUUAAUGAAGUUUGAAUAUAUGUGUAAAGGGACUAAAUAUUUUUGCAACAGCCUGUUUUUUGUUCAUUCUUUUCUGGAUAGUGUGUCCUCUGUGUUGCGGUAGAUUUAUACAUUCUGUUGCCUAAAUGUGUGUGUAAAAUGAACUGAUAAACUGGAGUACUACUUUAAAAAAGAGCUUCUGUGAUUUAUAAGAUAUAUAUGCUUUCUAUGUUAAUAUAAGCUUGUGCACAAUGUUUAAAACAAUUAAUUAGAAGCAUUCCCAUCUCCCAGUCUGACAUGUUUCAUACAGAAUUUUUAAUAGAAAAGCUCUGCUAGUCUUGGCAGACAUUUGGCCAUGUGAGGCAUGUGGUCAGUUUCUAUUUUCUGUUACCUGAAAAGGGCCAUAAGGAAGCAGGCAGGGCUUAGGUAGCUUGGUUACCUGAGUUAGAAAGCAAGAGAAUCAUGGUUCGGGUAUGAAUUGAAGUGGUUGGCACAUGGAUACCUGUUCUUGAAAAAGAACGUGGGAGAUGAGUCAAGGGUGAAGCCGAUUGUUCUACGCAUGCCCUGCCACACCAAUCUCAAUAACAGUCUCGCCUGUCAUUGCACUUAGAAUCUGAAGAUCAUGUUUAAAAUAUGUUGAUUCGAGCUUCUGUUUCUUAGCCUGAGUCCCAGGACAGCAGUGGUACUGACCAGCUAUGGACUGGGAGAACAUUGAGUCCUGCUAUCCAUUGGCUGCAGGGUGCAUUCAUGUGGAUACAGGAAAAGCCUCUUUCCACAGACUUAGGAGGUCCCCCGACCACGCAGGCUGCACUCAGCUGGGCUGCACUCAGCAGGCUCCUUGAGUGGGAACCGUCCCAGUGGACUCCAACAUGCACUGCCCUGGCUGGGACUAGGCAUGCUUCCAGCCCUUCCCGUGCUCUCCCUGCUGUCAACACUUGAGUACAAAGCUGCCUAGCUGUGGGUAAGUUUUCAUCAGUCGCUUAAGUACUAGUAGCGAAAACUGAAAUUCAUUCAGAAAGUUGCCACUUCUGAGUGAGCAGAGCAGGAAAAAUAAACUUUUACUGAAACAUAAUUUGCUGCAACAGUCAACGUUGUUAUGCUGAAUUUGCUCUGAGCUGCCCUUUGCUCAUCGCCAGAUUUAUUAUUCAGUGUAUUCUUAACAGUCUUUUGUUGUCGUUGUUUUUAAAACAAAGGUACGGACCACGUGCUAUAUAUAAAUCGAAUGGCUUAAACUAAUUUGCUGUGAUCCUCUAACACCGAAAUUUCCCGUAAACUUAAGUGCCUACACUUAGGACUUUUGACUUUCAGUCAUCUUUUUCGUGGUGUCUCACUAACAUGUUAGAACACGUUCUGUUUGGAGUUUUGGGCCUGUGCACUGUCAACCCCAAUGACCGAUUUAGUUGAGGCUGGAUUCGACUGCUCAGUUCACCUGCCACGUUCUCUCCAAGGAGUGGGGUCUACGUGGCCUUCAGUCCUCUACCUCAGAGCCCCGAGUCAUUUCUGACAACCCCGUUCCGCGUCCUCACUCUUGUCCCUGAACGGGUCCCUGUGUGGAUCUGUGUGUGUGUGUGGUUUCUCCGCUCCCCCCCUCGUGUCCCACACCUGCCGUAAUGAACCGUUUCUGCACUGAUCUUGUCCAUGGGUAUGGAGUGGAGGGAAGGUCUUGGGAAAGGGGAGAGCCUUGACUUCCAUCUAGGUUUCUUUUAUCUGGAGAAAAAGAACAUUUUUUAACUAUGUAAUGCUUAGCCCUGAAAGGCAAGCUAACUUCCCAGGUGACAGCAGCAGCAACAAGUAAGGGUAAUGCUUCCAUGACAGACACUUGCUUCCCUUGGGACAAGUCCCAGAAGAACUAUCUGAAGCACCAAAGCUCCCCAGCCCAGCCUGGUGGCAGAGGAAGGAGGCGGCACCAACUUGCCAAAGGGAAUUGGGAGCUCCCUUCUCACUCUGGAAGUAAUUUAGUGAAGAGCUGACUGACAAGAUAAAAACCCUGAAAUUCCCAGAAGUUACAGAUGCCUUAAAGACUUUCUUUGGAAGAUCAUUGCCUGUACAAUUCCUUUUCUGUGUGGCAUAAAUAAUAUAUUAACCUGUUACAACUGACAACAUUGGUUUCCUGCAGCUAGGGAGUCUUGAGUUGAGACUGCUGGCCUUGAUGACUUGCCCUUUUUGGCAGACGUGCGGAGGUGGCUGUUACAACAUCGCUGCGUGACCUCAGAGGAGGGGCGGUAGCUGGGCAGAAACUGAGGCACACAUGUGGGUUGGUGCCCUGGCUUCCAACCCAUUCGGGGCGGUGCUCAGUGUGGGGUGAUGGGAUCACAGAGGACCAUGGCGCUUAUCAGAAUUGUUUCUUUGGAGUCUGUGUAAUGGAAUGUAUUUUUCAAAUACUGAUAUUUGCAUUUUCUGUAACAAUUCCUUAUAAUAAAAUGAAGUAAAAUUGUGCAUUUAAAGUGGAAACUUUAAUAAGACAUUUGUAGUUAUUUCUAAUGCAGAAAUACCAAUAAGCAUUAAAAACAAAUUGUAGAAAA